CACGUGAUCCGAGGGCUUUUGCAUCGACGUCAGAGCUGGUACCGACUAAUGAUCCUCCUCACCGUCCUGCUGCAGUUCAAACUCCGCGUCAUACCUUUGAGAGACAUCUUACCAUCGGCAUUUACUGCUGCCACCCACCCUGCUCUGCUGCCUACUGUCUUUAAUAUACAUCCAUGCUAAUGCAAACUGCAUUGGUAAUGCUGAGGGAGAGCGUUUAGCUGUCAAUUAUGUUAGUGUGUUCGCGUUAAAACUCAGGGUAUGGCUAACGUUAAUGCAACAAACAUGUCGCCUUGCUAAGAUAACGAGCGGUGCUGUUCUGCUGCGUUCAAGUUUUCAGGUGAGUUGGCUUAAAAUAGUGACAACUGGCAUGUUUGGUGGAGCAUAACGACGUGUGUGGCACUCUCACAGUCAGUGUGUGGUAGCCUUGAAGUAACGGGGGGCAUGUUAAUUUGUUUAGUAUUUCUCUCAGUCAAUUCUCUCCUGAACACAUUCUACUGUGAAAAUGAGUGAAAAGUUUGCUUGGGUUUGGCUUGAUUUGUUGCUACACUGUCAAUAUGGUUGUUACUGUCUUUCCUGUCUGUGUCAAUAUCUGUUCAAACAUUAUAAACAGGAAAUAGUUUGAAGUUUCCAAACAUGUUAAUCAGUGAGGCUUUCUGUCAGUGUCACUAAGAGUAGUGUCAUGAUAUCAUUGACUGUGUGAACACUUUGCUGUUUUCAAGUGAGAUUCAUUUGAUCAUUUGAGCAUUGAUUUUCCUCCACAGGUGGCAUAGAUGAUGUGUUUUGACUUUCUCAUAAUGAAGAAGAUUAAAUGUAAUUGGACUGCACACACUCUUGACAGAAACUCCUGACCUCAGGCUGCGUUUGUUGUUUAUAUGUCCACAUCAGGCACGCUGGCUGCCUACAUAGAUCUUUGUUUGGUUGUCCUCCACAGAGCUCCAUUGUUGUCCCAGUGUCUGUGUGUAGUGUGCAGUUAAAGUCCAUUCAUGAGGCUAAGUGCAUCAUCAGCACGCCAUAGCUUUAAUGUAUGGAGUUCCCCAGAGAGGGCAAGUGCAGUGUGGGGCUUUCGUUGCAUUACGGUGUUUUUCGCAUACCUUUUCCAGCCAUAACUUCUCCUAACAUGUAAGAUGAUCCAUCUUUCACCUAAUGCAUGGAAGAGACCACAUCCUACGACCAUGUCAAAUCAAUAUGUGCUGUAUCUAUUUAAGUAUACAUGCACGAAGGGCUCAUUGAUGAGUGAAUAGUAGUUAGUGAGGGUGUGUACUGCUCUAGGAUUGUUGUAGAUAAUGGUAGCAUGGAGGAGGGCUGUGAUUAGGCUUGCAGGCUCUGGCUGUUGGUGCCAGUGUUCAUUUUUGUGUCUACAAGUGUAGGUGUUUCUUACCCUCCUCCAACCUGCGCUUUUAUGAUUUUAUGAUUUAUGAUUUCCCGUCCAGUACAAGAAUCAGUGUAAAGACAGUUACUUGUACCCAGUCCACGACUCAGAUCAAAGUUUGAUAUUGCAUAAUAACUAUGUUUGAGGUGGAUAUCCUUCUAAAGAGGAGUAAACUGCAUUUUUCCUCAUGCAGUUAUGACUGUAUGAUUUCAUGACUCCAAUUUGAAACACAAAAACAGGAGGGAAAUGUCAGUUUUGUAUGAUCAUGUAGUAAAUGAGGCUUUUCGUUAUCACAGGGAACCUUCUGUUUGUUUGUUUUUUGAUCAUGUGCCAUCAUCACAAACUGUGUUACACAAGAGUAAAACUGUUGGUUGUUUAUCAGUUUUACUUGCCAAGCAAGUUGUGUCAUCAUUCAGGAAAGCAAGAUGUUAGAAAACAAAGUGAAUGUUGGUGAGUCACAGUGUUAGUGAGGCCUGUGGUUGCUCUUAAACGUUAGUCAUAAUGGGCUCAGCUGAUUUGAAUACUGAUGCCAAUCUCGCUGUGGGACUAUCACCUUUUGUCUCAUGCAAACCCCUGAGGUCCAGCUGACGGUUGAGCGUUAUCUGUUAUCAUUUCAGCAGUGCUACACUCACUCUUGUAUAACCAGCUGCAGUAAGACUCGCAUGUGAAAUGUUAUGACUGUGAAGUAGAAUUAAAAGUGUGUGUUUGUUUGUGUACUAGGUGUGGUAGUGAGCUCAUGGACAAGCCGUCAUUGUCAGAAAGUGCGACGCUGGAGGAGAAAAAAGGCCUGGUCGAGGUGAGAAAUGAAUCAUCUCACAACUUGAUGGGAAGGAAGUGUAAUAUUUGUUGAUUUGAACUUGUUCAAGAGAAAAAGGAACAUCUACAGCCUUGUUUUUAGAAGUGCCGCUUUCAUUUUGAGGUGUGUUUUCUGCAGUUAGCUGUCUACAUUUUUGUCAAAAAAUUGCCAUCAAUAGCUAAAAGUUAACUUAAUAAAAGCAGAUAUGUUGGUUAGUCAUAGCAGGAAGAGAACAGGUGGAACCAACUUGUGUGACCUGGUGAGCCAUGUUAUUGUACUCCAGUAAUCUCAGUGGAAUGCAUUAUUUUCAGUUCUGAAACAACCAUACACUCCUCUUACUCUGAAAUGUCAAGGUGUCUGUGAAAAGAUGAAGCCAAACUUGUUUUUCUCUUCUUACAUGUAAAUGAAUUUAAAAAAGGUGUUUUCAGUUUUCAACCAGUGAUGAUGACAAAUUUUGAUUUCAUUGCAAACAGGAUCAAGAAGUGAAGUUAUGUUAUUUAAAGUUAAACCAGUACACUCAAUCAAUCAAUUAAUCUUUAUUUGUAUAGCACCAAUUCACAAUAAAUGUUAUCUGAAGAUGCUGAACAAAAAAACUGGUCAACCCAACAUAAAGAUGGGAUAAGAUUGAACUCCAUCCUGUAAGAUUAGACCUGAUUCAGUCCCAUCUUCAACUCCAUGAGAGUGAAACUUAAGUUACGGUGGAGAGGAAAAACUUCCUUCAACAGGCAGAAACCUUGAGCUGAACCAGACUCAUGUUAGACAGUCAUCUGCUGCUACUGCGUUGGGUUUAGAGAGGGGAUAGAGCGAGAUGCAGAAAGAGAGACAACCAGCAGCAAUAGUAGAUUCAGAUGUAGGGCUUUGUUAUUAGCUGCUACCAGCUGUGUGCCUGGACAUUUAAGGAGCGAGCUGCAUUAUGGUUUAUGUAGUUGUAAAGGUUUGUCAAUGAGGAAUACUGAAUGAAACAAAGCUGUAAUUUAUGCCCCUGAAAGAAAAAAACAAUUGUUUUUUAAUGUUACUCCAGGAUGGCACAGUGCUGAGAGGUGCUGAGGGAGGAGAGGCGGACCCUGAGACCCCGAGGAAAAGCAGCUCCACUCGCUCGUCCCGCAAGAGCUUUCGCCUUGAUUACCGACUGGAGGUAAAAACUCCCUUCAGUGAGCCUCGAAAAGAGCGUCCUUCACCUGUAUACACAGACACCCCACCUGUGUUAUCUUAAACAACCUGAAACCUCACUGUUAGCAUGGACUCUGUCUCCUAACAUGCCAUCCCUCCACUUCUCUCCUCGCUGUGUUUAGUUUUUUUUUUUUACUUUCAAACUAACUUCAAAAAUGUUUUAUUCUUUAUUUGAAUGUAGGAGGAUGUGACUAAAUCCUGCAGAGACAAACAUGGUCGCUGGACGAACCCCUGGCCAACAUGGAGGUUUCCUUCAUAUGCCACCUUGCUCAGGUUCUUACUGCUGGAUAAAAAUCACAGCAAUGUGCCAACAAGUAAAGAAGUGAGUAAGAAAAUAUUAUACAGAAGUGCUUCACAUAGAUUAUCCAAGUGUACUGUUCAUACUCCACAUUAGUCAGUAAGAGUAUUGCUCAUUGUUGACUCUCUCAUAAAGCAGUCGUUGCUCUGAGAAGAAACCCUGCUGAGCUCAGUAAGAGCUUAUCAGGCUUUCAAAGCAGCUUUCACAGAGCAAUAGAAAAUGUUUAACCCUUUCUGGGACAGAUUGUAUAGUCUUAUUACAUAAUACCCAUAGGAAUGGAUCUGCUGAUCAACAACCAUAGAGAUCAUGAUGGAAAGGCAAUCUGUUCUGUGUCUGGAGAAAGUGUGUCAUCACAUUUAAGUCAGAUAAACUCACUCAUAUCUCUUUUUCUUUUUUCUCCUGCAGGCUCUGGACAGCGAGCUUCCAGUUAUCGAACCCUACUUUGUGCAGAGCCCGGACCUGUCAGAGUCUGGUCCAGGUCUGAGAGUGACCUGGUUGGGUCAUGCCACAGUUCUGGUUGAAAUGGAUGGGCUUAAUAUUCUGACUGACCCCAUUUUCAGCCAGAGGGCCUCACCCUUCCAGUUCAUGGGGCCCAAAAGGUUCAGAGGGCCCCCGUGUACAGUAGAGCAGGUCAGUUUUCUUCUUAAAUCCCCCUCCUCAGUGCGUCUUCAUUUUGGUUGCUGUAAAACCUUUUUUCCUUCUACCAACAGCUGCCCAGGAUUGAUGCUGUGGUCAUCAGUCACUCCCAUUACGACCAUCUGGAUGUUGGAUCUGUUGCCAGUCUCAAUGAGCGCUUUGGAGGGGAGCUACGCUGGUGCGUGCGGAUCUUCAGUCGGGGUUGAUAACGUCAAAGAUGUCCCCUGCUUUAAUGAUGGCACGUGUUAAGGUGUGUUUGUGUUUACAGGUUCGUGCCCCUGGGUCUGAUGGACUGGCUGGUGAAGAUGGGCUGUGAGAACGUGAUGGAGCUAGACUGGUGGGAGGAGAACUGUGUCCCGGGUCAUGAUGACAUCACAUUCGUCUGCACGCCCUCUCAGCACUGGAGCAAACGAACAGCACUUGAUGAUAACAAGGUGUUUUAAAUAUUACGGUUAUAGCUAAUACUGACCGAAUACCAUUGAACUGUAGAUCAAGGCUCCUUUUUGCUAUGACUAAGAUUAGUGUUGGGCGGUAUGACGGUAUAAAAGUGUCUACUGGUUGAAAUUUUGCUGUACCGUUUAUACCGGAAAGAGAGAGAGCAGAUGUCUGCUGUAUCCCUCAGAGUCAGAGUUUGUUCGCUCUGUUUGAUUGGUCAGGUUUGGGUGCGCUCCCUAUAAUCACCAGUAUGUCCAGCAGACCUCCUAAAGUCCUCAGUAUGGUUAUUUUUAAGCCAUUAACUGAAUUUACAGGAGGAAAAACAUACCAUGAUAUAUACCAUUACUGUGAUAUGAAAUCACUCGUACCGUGAUAUAGGAUUUCGUUCAUACUGCCCAACACUAACUAAGAUGAUACAUCUACGUCGAUGAUGCAGACACAUGCACAGUUAAGGUCACCUCAUAUCCUGUUACUAAGAUUGUCAAAGUUUUUAUUAAUAUGACUCUUCAUCUCAAACCUGAUCUCCUCCACAGUCUUUAUGGGGCAGUUGGUCUGUUCUGGGUCCCGAACAUCGCUUCUUCUUCGCUGGUGAUACUGGCUACUGCUCUUCUUUCCAGGAGAUUGGACGUCGCUUCGGACCAUUUGAUCUCGCAGCGAUCCCCAUUGGAGCCUACCAGCCCAGGUGAGUCUUGUAACAGUGAUCUUACAUAGAGACAUCUUUCUGUUGUCCCCCCCUUGGUGUCAACAGGAAGUUAAAAAGAAGACCUACACAAAGAUAAUGUCAUCUCAGAUGACUCCUUUAACCAUAACUAUAAAUUAUAUGUAUACUUUAUAAAGUUAGAUAUUGUAGCAGAUGCUGGAUUAUACCACAAGAGGGUUCUGUAGUCCAGUUUCUACAAAAACUAAAACACUGCAGGCUUCAAAUCAAAGUCCGUAUUGUGACACGUUUUGUAAUAAGUGUUAAUGUUUUGUUUUUUAGGGAUAUGAUGCAGGGGCAGCAUGUAGAUCCAGAGGAGGCCGUCCAGAUUCACCAAGACCUUCAAGCCAAACAGUCUGUGGCCAUUCACUGGGGCACGUUUGCUCUCGCUUAUGAGGUAAGUAAAGAUGGAAACAGGUGCUUAGUCCCAAUCCCAAUCUGGUCAGUGGUCUACACUUAGGAGAGAGUGCAUUUGAGGGCCGUGAGGACAGGGGGCACAUCAACUCUACUCCGUCAGUGCCACCUGGUGAAAUGAUUAUCUAAUGUCAUAACAGCAUUGUAUCACCCCACAAUAACCCUGUCAUUACAAAGCUGUAAUGCAGUAUGCACCUUCAUUAUUACCAUUUCAAAAUAGUCUGAAAAGUUUCAGUGUAGCUGCUAUAAAAGACACAACGUCAGAGUGCUCCAUAAAGUGCUGUGACUCUGUGAUGUUCUAGUAGCACAACCUAACAAAAGUGUCAUUGUUUGUUAAGCUGUUGGACUAUUUCUGCAGCUUACACGGUUUAAUGCAGCCUCUGGCUCACUGCCAUUCUCAGAAAGUUAUGGACAAGCUGACAAAACCCUGCACACUCAAAUGGUGCGUUUCCACCAAGCACUCUGGUUUAGUUUGGCACAGUUUGGUACGGUGAGCAGUCUCUCACCCGAAUCGUUUUCUGCAAGCCAAGCGGCUCUCAGUCAAAAGAUAUUCAAGAAAGAAGCAACUGGUACAGCUCUCCAUGUAAACAUACGGUGACAUUUCUGUCCACCUUGACUACAGGUAAGCAAUGUCAGUAUAAAAUAACAUUAGGUUAGGGUAAAUCAACCUUUGUGGUCUGCCUCUUCUGUGGGAUCAAGUGAUGGGCACGGCAGUUCUUUUAGAUUUACUGAAUCACUAGAAUCAUUUCACUAAUAAAAAGAUUCGUUCAAAAGAUUCGUUGACCAAAUCACUGAAUCAUGUAGCGCUUAGUAGAAAAAGCCUGCGACUCUGACCUCCUGAACAGAUACACAGCUGAACAGUUCAGGAUUCAGUGCAGAUCAAAGCUUCUGGGACCAGGAGACGAGAGUGUUUGGCUGUGUUGCUUUGGCAAACAGGUUUGUGAUAUGUGACAGAUUUUCCUAUGAUAUGCUAUUAGGUCUGCUCGGUAAAUUGGGCUCAGUGAGUGAUUUGUUCACUGAACCUUAUGUUUUCUCUGACCUGACGGGAGUGGAACUCUGUAUAAGCCCAUCGGCUUCGUUCCCUCCUUGCACUGUUUUUAAUCUGUGCUAAAUAAACAAAAUACAAAUACAAACGUUUAGAAGAAUUCACGCUGAACAUGCACCGUUCCCUUGCAAACCGCUGCAACACUAGGAUGCUGCAGGUUUUAUGCACUAAUUGUUACAUUGUUAGGUUUAAAACCUGCUUGCAUUUUACCUGAAAUAAAAAGGAGAAAGACAAUGGAUAAGUUUGAGUAAUGGACAGAGAUGUGUUUUGGAUAUCUCAGUACCACACUGAGGGUUCUUUUUCUGUCCGUGCUCUUUUAUUUAGUCCCUGGAUACAUAAUGUUUCUAAAGGGGUGAUAAAUGGUGCAGCAAAGUAAACAUUCUCAUAAAGCAUAAUGAACACUUGUGAAUAUGUGAAGGUCAAGGCGGCAUCUAAUGAGCUCCUUCUGAUAACAGCGGCACCUCCUCAAAAACUCCCCACGAUUUACCGCGGAGGAUCCAUCACUCACACACCCCCACCUGCUGAUAGGAAAGACAGUCACAGAAAACUGAAAGUAACAUUGUUGUGCUGUGUAGUAAAUCUAUUGAAGAGAGAAGUUAGGAAACACUCUUAUAUAAUGUAUAAAAAGAGGUCAAAACAGUUUAUACUUGUAGUCAACUCUUACAUAAGAAUAUGAGGAAUAAUGAUAACUUCUAUAUACAUUUAUGCACAUUAUUCUAACAUUUCCCUCCUGUUUAUCAUUACUUUGCUCAAAUUCUCAUAAUCCCUCUAGUUCAGCCACUUCUCUCGAUUUUCAGCUGCGAGUUCAUGUGUAUGACUACAAAGAAUUUACACACAGAGGUACAAGAUGUUGCUUUAGUCAGAAUUACACUCAGCAUCCGGAUUGGGGCACAGGUCAGGCCAUUGAGUGUCAUCAAGUCUGUCCUCCUCGUCCUGCUGAUGGAGCAGCGGGUACAGCUCCUGCAUCUGCUGCUCCACAGGGGACAACGCUGUGGUGAUAAGGCGGUUAAGAAGAGAACAAAUACAGAAAUACAACAACAUCCACACAAGGUCAAAUUAGCUGCAAAAACAGCAACAGAGAUUAGGACUGAAUCUACAAGAUUUUUGUAUUUUCCAAAUACAUUCAUCCAAUCAUCCCAAAAGAAGUUAUCUAUUCCUGAGUGGUCUUUCAUUUUGCUGUUAAGCAUUUUUAGGCCCUCUAUGGCUCGAGUGAGGCUGCUAUCAGCAGCAGUGUCAUCAGGAAUGAACGUGCGACACGUUUCUCCAAACAUGGCACAUACACCUCCUGUUUCUGCCAGCAGCAUGUCAAGGGCUAUACGGUUUUGGAAAGCCAUCAGGGAUGUUGCAGAUAACUGCGAGUGAACGGCCUGAAAACCAGCCUCAGUCCAAUUACCUAGCUUUUGAACGUUGAAAUGGAUGUAGUUGAUUCUGAUUUGAUCUAUAUUUUUGUUCAUUGUACACCAAGGACAGACGAGAGACUCAAAGCCUGCAGCAAUUUGAUUUACUAGUUUAUACUCAUCUGGUACCUCACAAGGAACUAUCUAUAUAAAUCGGGUCUGACUCUGUUUGCUAAUUUCUUUUACUCUGGAGUGGCUCAACAAAGGAAUAAGACUAACUGCAGAGGUUAAAUUUGCCACACUGGUCUGGAAAGUUACAACAGUUAGGAUUAAAGUCACUAAGGUCCUAUUAUCAGUCUGCUGUCAUUCAGGUACAGCUACAGAAAACACAUACACUUUUGUUAUGGUUAGGGAAUUCCUAGUACAGACAUAGAAGUUAGACAGAUUCUUCAUUUUUGCUAGAUAUUUUUGCAUAUCUGUACCACAUGUUCACUUCAAAUUAGUUUUUCUUAAUCAUUAUUUAUUGAGAGGGAUUGCUAAGCAUUCCACUAUAUGUUAUUCAUAUCUUUAUUAAUAUUCUUCUUCCACCAUUUUUUAAUUAUUAUUUUUUUUUAUUUUAUUUUGUGAUGUACCUUUAAUAAACAUAAGUAUAAGUGUUUAUUGACAAAACAAGCAUACACAAAAUCCCAUUGUAAACAGAAUAACUCAAACGCCUAGUAGCAGUUAAGCUAUGGUAAAGUUCUCAGUGUCUUCAGCACACGAAGCAACUGUGGUGUCCGUCUGGGUGAUUCAUACCCCUGCUCACUAUCUCUCAGGUUUCCUCUCUGCACAUGGUUGCCUUCAGAACAGCUGAAUGUGAUUUUUGAUUGGUUGUCACGCAGGAUGUGAGGACUAUUGUUGUUGUCACUUCUCUUUCCUUCCUUAAGUUCAUCUGAAGUUGUAAAUAAUGUUUUCAGUAGGUAAAUUAACAGUAUCAGGUUUAGCAGAAGUAAGAUACUUAACUUCCCCAUUUUCCUAAGCUCCUAAGGAAUUCAACACCAGCUAAUCUUCACUGACAUUGAGACGAACGCCCACUAUAAGGACGCCCCCCUUUGAAGUCAGACUUUCCUAACUAAAACCCAUAUAGGUUUUUUUUUUUGCAAUGGGAAAGAUGUAUCCAACUACUUCUUUGUGCUAUUUUUACUGCUGUGGGUGUCAUUAGCAGUACCUUAAUUUUUUUUUUAAUUCCUUCCACUUACUUAAACGUAUUAAAAACCAUUCAAACUUCAGGAGAUUCCAGUUUAUAUUCAAAAUUUUCCUAACAUUCAUACUUUCAGAGAUAGUCCAGAUUUUCCGACCAAUUUUUUUUAUUAGAAAUGGAUUAUGGAAUUUUUAAAGUGGCCCUUUUCUCACAUUUUCUUUACACAACUUUAAAAGCCUUCAACUUCUCUAUACAUCCAGAUUAUGAUCAUUUUAAUUUUUUCAGUUUUAAAUCAUUUCAUUCUUCACUCAGUAUUCAAUUUUUUCAAACUAAUUCCAACUAAAUUAAACUGAUUUAAACCUUUUUGAAUCUUCAAAUCUCAUCUCUUUCGCAUAAUUUUUUAACUUAAACCAUUUACUAUAGCAGCUUAGCGAUGGCAAUUUUAGCUGGAGCAAUCCAUCUCGCAAUUUCUUCAGAAAUUGCAUUUUCUAGUUAUUAUUAUUUAUUUAUUCAUUUAUUUCAUUUACAAAAUGAGUUCCAUUGUCUGUGUAGAUUCGUUUUUGAAUGUCAAAUCAAGAAAUUAUUUCUCUACACAGGAUUUCUGCUACUGUUAAUGCAUCUGGAUGGGUGACAGGAAAUAAUUCUAUCCAUUUAGUGAAAGGAUCUAUUAACACUGAACAGUAUUUCUUUCUCUCACACUGAUUUAAUUCUAUGAAGUCCAUGUGUAUGGCUUCAAAUGAUGCAUUGGUUGGUGGAAAUUGGCCUCUUUUUGGUUUUAUACUGUCUUGAGCAUUAUGUCUAAACUGAACAAAUCAAACAAUUUUAUUAUUUUUUUUUUUUUUUAAAUAAUUUAUGAAUCAAUAGGGUUAACUACUACACUCCUCCCUCCUGUCGAGACAUGGCAAAGCCCAUGACUCGCUAUUACUAUCUCUCAAGCUCUCUCUGUGUGUUGAUUUGACAAAAAUCUUUUGUUUGGAAAACCUAAUCUGUGAUAGUUUAUGUCUAAGAACUGUUUUCUUUGCACCGGAGCCACACAAAAAGGUUAAGGGUAAACCCUGAAUCAUUAACUAUAUCUGCGGUGUUAUGUCUGCACAAUGUAUUCCUUCUCCAAAUGACUGUUGCAGCUCCGCUGAUACAGGAAAUCUGUCCUGCCACAAGUUAUUGCACUGUUAAAUAACUCACAUAUGUCAGACAGGGACUCACGCCUGUCUGCUGUAUAGUCCAUUCUUAAAAACUCCUAUCACAUCAUAUUACAGAGCACCUUAAAUUGUCUGUAUAUCUAUCAUCCCAUCUGUAAUAUUUCUCAUUUCAUAUUUAUUACUCAUUUCAUAUUUUUUACUAAUUUCAAUAGUCCACGUUCUUCAUAUCUCACUUUUAUCUCUUAGGAUGUUUAGUAUAUUUAGCCUAUAUUUAUUGUUUAUACUUAGUAUUUUUAUUAUUUUUAGUCUGCAUUGUACUACUUCUUAUAUUUAGUUUUAUAUUUACUUUUUGCUGCUAUAACAAGAGAAUUUCCCAGUUUGGGAUCAAUAAAGUAUAUCUAUCUAUCUAUCUAUCAAAAUAUCUUUAUAUAUUUAUUUAUCUUCUCCAAGUUUAGCACUUCUUCCUCCUCUGUCUCGUCUCUGUUCACACUUUCUCUUUAUUUCUGUCAAAUAACAUUUGCUGUCUCUCCCUCUUCUAGUCCUGCUUGAUACGUUUUUCUACAGCUCUUCACCUAGUGACAAAAAGCUCUACAAUUCUCUGAUGUUGUGGUUCAUGACCUUGGUCAGGGUACUGUUCUGUAUCUCUUUGCUCUUGUGAUUCAUAACUCUUGUCAAAACUUCUAUUUCCUCUAUCGCCUUCUCUAUUGAAAUUUCUGCCUCUUAACCUGCUUCUUUCUUGUUCUCUCUGUCAUAGUCAUCAAAUGGUUUAUCAUCUCUCUUAUUAUUCCAUAGUCGUCCUAUUUAUCUCAUAUAGUAUGAAAUUCAUUGUCACAUUUGGAGUUAAUCUUACGUUAAAUAGCAUUAUAGAAAGGGUUUUUAAUUCCAAGUUAGCUUUGGUGUUCUCUGCACUUUACUAUGGUUACUUCUUUAAGUUCCAAUAAGGUAUAAUAUCAAUCAGUUGGUUCAAAUGUUUAACAGGGAUGCCAGCUGAGGUCAGAAAACCUCUUCUUCUCCAGUGACACGUCUACAUGUACAACUUAUACUUCAUAGACUGUAACAGUUUAGUCACAGUUUUGUCUUUUAAUAGCUACAUGCUUCUGCAUAGGGAGGGAUUCUUUGGGUGCUGUGUCUCUGGAGGAGUCAAGGUCGUAACUGGCCUCUGAUGAAUCAUUUUAUCAUUUGUGCAGAGAACAGAGACUGUACAGAGAAUUUAACUUGCUAAAAAUUUGCAGUCUGCAUUAAACCUUUCUGCUUUUUUAACUGCCUUUUCUACCUUUCAUUUCUGCAUUAUUAUCAGUAUUAUUUUAUAAUAAUAAUUAUUAUUAAAGUUGUCUUUACUUAUAGCUUUUGAUCUCGUACUGACUGCUCACGCCUUCCUCCCUUUGAUUUGUUAUUGCAAUAGCGGGCUAUAUGUCCCUCCUUUCCACACGCCCAGCACCCUGUUCCUCUUUGAUUUGCUCCUCCUGGUCUGGGCCUAUCUUGUCCUCUACCUCUGAAUCCUCUUCUGCUUCUCCCCUUUUUUCUCCUCCUUUCUCCAUCCUCUCUGGCUUUUGCUACUUUUUUCCAUUCAUCAAUCAUUUGACACCCAUAUUUUAUGCUUAUGGAGUCAUGUAGUUUAUUUAAUUGGCUUGUUCUUAGGCUGCCAUCGAAUCCAAAUUUAGUUACCCAUAAUUCGAGGAAUUGUAAUUUUUCGGGCUCUGUCUGGAAAACUUUCCAGUCUUGACUUUUUAGUUUAUCUAAUUUAGCCUUACUGGCUCCCGUCCCCAUUUUUAUGUGUUUUAGUCCAGCUUAGGUGACACCUAGGGUGUCCUAUUAAGCUGGGUUCUUUCAAUGGGGUAGUGAUAAAAAUUCCUUAUGUGGUAAUUCUCGCUUCUACUCUUGCGAGUGGAGAAUUCUUGCCUUUGCUUCCACAAUAAGGUCACUACUUACAAUCCCACUGUUUUGGUAUGAAUAGGAUAUAUCUAGUGAUAUAUGCCUAUUCCAAUCACUCUCACACUUUCACAAUCACACUUUUAACACGUGUUUUGUUCUGCAGAAUUUUUCUUUUUUUUUUCUUUUCUUUUUUUUCAAUUAGGCCUUUGUCAACGGUACCACACCGGACCCGCGCGUCUUCAUCGGAAUUUAAACUACUUCUAGUAGGACUCCGGCACCCUUCUUCGGAAUUUAAACUAUUUCUAGUAGGACUCCGGCACCCUUCUUCGGAAUUUAAACUAUUUCUAGUAGGACUCCGGCACCCUUCUCGGAAUUUAAACUAUUUCUAGUAGUAGGACUCCGGCACCCUUUUUUGGUCUUUUAUAAAUUCUCUACGCGAAGUGAAUUUCAAUCAUUCCACGCUCCUUUUUAUAAAAGACCAACUCACCACUUGUCUUUCCCCUUGGCUUCGGAUUUCCGUCAACCGUCGGAUCCCAGCAGGCAGGUCGAGUCCAGUUCCUCAAAGAGGUCUUCAAGACUCAUCCUAAAGAGUCUGCCGUGGCCACGGUCUUAUCUGUCGUCCACCUCACCUGCUGGAAUCGUCUGGUCUAUUGGAAUCCGGCUCGAAGGACCAAAGAAAUGUUAGGUUUAAAACCUGCUUGCAUUUUACCUGAAAUAAAAAGGAGAAAGACAAUGGAUAAGUUUGAGUAAUGGACAGAGAUGUGUUUUGGAUAUCUCAGUACCACACUGAGGGUUCUUUUUCUGUCCGUGCUCUUUUAUUUAGUCCCUGGAUACAUAAUGUUUCUAAAGGGGUGAUAAAUGGUGCAGCAAAGUAAACAUUCUCAUAAAGCAUAAUGAACACUUGUGAAUAUGUGAAGGUCAAGGCGGCAUCUAAUGAGCUCCUUCUGAUAACAGCGGCACCUCCUCAAAAACUCCCCACGAUUUACCGCGGAGGAUCCAUCACUCACACACCCCCACCUGCUGAUAGGAAAGACAGUCACAGAAAACUGAAAGUAACAUUGUUGUGCUGUGUAGUAAAUCUAUUGAAGAGAGAAGUUAGGAAACACUCUUAUAUAAUGUAUAAAAAGAGGUCAAAACAGUUUAUACUUGUAGUCAACUCUUACAUAAGAAUAUGAGGAAUAAUGAUAACUUCUAUAUACAUUUAUGCACAUUAUUCUAACAUACAUGCUGUGUCCUAUUGUUUGCAAGUUGUUGUGGUGGCAAUUUAGCAGUAAAAAAAAAAAAAAAAAGUUGGUAGUUUUGUCUGACAAAAAUGAUUCCAGUUCGAUGCGUGAUUCAUUCACCACAGGUGUCGGCGCAUGCGGUCCCUCGUUCUUCGGCUGCUCGACUGGCAAUGCUGUUUCUCACCUCAGCUCAACUGGAGUGAGGAACGAACGAAUCACUGGAGGAAGUGAUUCAGUUCAGUACGCUCACUUAAAAGAUUCGGUUCUUUUGAAGGAAUCGUUCCUAAACGACACAACACUAGUGGAAUCCAUCUUUGUGCUCCUCUGCUCAGCUAAUGUGUAGAUUCAGCUCUCCAAAGCAUCCCCUGAUAUGAAAAAAACCUCUAUAAACCAGAGCCAUAAUUCAUUAAGGUCCAUAACAUUACUAAUCAAAUACAAUUGUGUUUGAGAGAGACAUUAAUUCUUAACGCUCUCUUCAUUAUUUGGGUUCUAUAUCACACCGUACUGUACUGCUUAGUGAAAAUGCUGCUACACUAAAUCUAAAACUAACAAUAACAGUCUCACCCUCCUGUUCUCUGUUGUAUCUUCAUUCAGUUCUACCUGGAGCCGCCGGUUCGUCUCAGAGAGGCCCUCGAGCAGAAAGGACUGAAGCCUGAAUCUUUCUUCACUUUGCAUCACGGGGAGUCUCGCCUUAUUUCUACACGGACUGAAGACGUCUUUGACUGAUGCCCAACAUCUGCAACAAAAGUGCAGAAGAGUCUGUAAAUCAUGCAUAUAUACAGACUCAGUGAUUUGAUUUUGAAAUGCAUACAUAUAUGCAGCUCUUCCAAACCGAAAAAAAGGACCUCAAAUGUUCCACAGUACUGUUUACAUGCUGAAUGUUUGACCCAUCAUGGUCACCAAGCAAUACCAUAUAAAGUUGAUGUGACUGCACUCCACUAUUAACAUGUACAAAAGUUAACACACUACAGUGUCACUCUUGUAAAGAUCUGUUCUUUUAUGGCUCACGAAAAACAGGUCAUUGAGUUUCAUCAAAGCACAAAAUUGUAUGCACAGUGUUCGAAAUAUAAAGUCAAAGAAUAUCUGGAUGGAGGACUGGAAGAAUAAAAGUGAAGCGUAGAAAAACAAAAGAUUUUUUUAAGCCCAAAGAAGAUAAAAGCACAAGUUUAACAUUUAGGUUUGUUUUUUUUCACAGCUAGAUAUUACAGUGCUGAAGUGCUAACAUAAAUUGUGAUGCCCAUGAAUGUCAAAUCAAUUGCUGUGGUCUGCACACUUCUUAACAAAACUCCCAGUCACUAAAAAGACAUGGAUAUAAAUGUAUGUGAGUGUGUAUGCAAAAGUGAGGAGUGAAUACAAACCUCAGUGUGAAGCUGGACUGGAGACCUCAGACAGUGUGAAGCAGUUUUAUGUUGUGAGCUGGAAUAUAGAGGAGAAAAUAUAUAGUCAAGUUAUUUAGAGCAGUGAUUUUUGAAGAUUGGUGCUUGCUAAUGAAGCAUUAUGAAUCGUUCUUUGCUGAAUGUACCCAAGUUUAAUCCCUGAUGCUUUUAAGCUGUUAGAAACCACAUCUGAAGCUGAGCUGGGUUUAGCUUCCUGCCAUGUAAAUACUGUACAUAGUUCCUGCUUCAGUCGUUAGUCUGUGAUGAUCUGAAGUUGCAGUAUAUACAUUUUCACUUUGCUCAUCCGUGUCCAAGUUUUGUUUUCUUAAGAAAACAGACACAUUUGUCCUCAGGCAUACUCCUAAUAAUCCUUUCGCUCACAGCCAGAGUCCAUGAACAGUUGUCAGCAAAAUGAGUUUAGUUACAAUGCCAAACUGCCAACAGUGGUCUACUCUCAGUCCCUGUCAUGAAAUUACCUGUCCUAUUAAACAUCCAAUUACAUUUCAAAUGUAUUUGGCUAUUGUGUUCUGCACCACCGGAUGCCUCCUCACACCAGAAAUGGCAGAUUAUUUCAAGCAGUGUGAUGUCAAAUGUAUAAAUCAAUUAUGGAAAAUCAAACAGGCCUGUGUACCUGUUUUUACUUUACCUUUCAGAGUGUUAUUUUGUCCUGAAAUUGAUCUAAAUUGUUAAAAAAAAAUUUUUUUGAAAGAAAACUCAUUUUACAGCAAGGUUUUUGUUUUUUGUUGUUUUUUUUCCAGGUAAGUGUGUCUGUACAAAUUUCUUGGCUCUGGCGCCUCCUAGUGGUAACUUAAAAUCACACCAGAGCGUCUGGUUCAGUCAAGUCACGCAGUCACAAGGCAUUGAACAUGAAUUCUCAGCGAUAAAUAAAAUGCACUAAAAUAGUAAGUUACAAGAACAACUGCUUGACCUGGGUAAGGUAAAGCUGAAACCCACAACCUCAGGAGUCCCAGUCAGUCUCCUUAUACUUUGAGCCACGGAGAAAUAAUCAUGACAGUUUCAGGAACACUUUACACCCUUUUUUAUUUAAACACUGGCCUACAAUAAUUCACAGAGUCCUGGAUAAGGAUCAAACCCACAACCUCAGGGGUCCCAGGCAGAUGACUAAACCCCUGAACCACAAGGACCACAUGUAUUUGUAAGAAAUGCUGAAAUGUCUUCUGUGAGCAAACUUAAAUUUAAUGGUACGAUUUGUAAAGAUAAACCAAUAAUCUCUAUGUGGCUAACUUUUAUGAAAAACUGUACUCCAGGCAAACUCUUGAUGAACAGCAAAUGGAUGUGUACUGUCAAACUAUAAAUCACUACAUUAAAAAAAUCGACAACCCACUUUAGGACUUGUGUGACCAAAAAGUCUCUAAAUAUGAAAUACUUAAAGCUGUAGAUUCACUGAAAGACAAUUAAUCUCCUGGAAAUGACGGCAUUACUGGUGAAUUCUACAAAAGCUUUAAGGAUGCCCUUACCCGGUUUCUUGCAUGUACUUUUGAAGAAUCAAUCACCAUCAAUCAGAGACUGAAAACAAAGAUUCAUACCUGUUUGCAUCGAAGCUCACACACCUUGUUUCUGAAGAAGUGAUACAUCCAGUUGGUUUUUUGAACAACUUUCUCUCUUGGGUUUUAUCUGUUCUUCAACAGGCACAUGUUUUUCCUCGAUUGUCUUCUUGUUUUCUUUUCUCCUCACUGGUCUGUUUGGUGUUAAGGGCCAGUCGUUUCUGUAAUUGCUGUUUGUACCUUGCACUUUGAAAAAAACGACACAAGAUGGCAGUAUCUAAAAUAAAAAGGAUCUAACCCA